UUCAUUUCGGCAAGAUUUAGUAAUCGUGCGAAUAUCGCAUCGACGAAACAAAUAUUUUCUGAAAUUGGAAAAAGACAAACACGAGAAGGAAGAUACUAUCUGACUUUAAGUGGGGCAAAGGUGAUCAUUGAUAAGCGCCACUCGUAGGAAUCGAGAAGCCAGUGUUGAGUUGGUUCUUGAUUAUAAUGGCGGCCAUCACGCAGAAGCUUCUUUCGCGAUGCUGUAUGUUUCGCCAGAAACCUUCGCUCAGGCAAUUUUCCACCUCAUCCACCGAUGUCAAAAAGGCGGUCUUUAACGUGGAGGACCCCUUCAACCUCGAGUCAGAGUUGACCGAGGAGGAAAUCCAGAUCAGAGACCAGGUUCGCUCGUACUGCAAGCAGAGUCUGGUACCACGAAUCACAAAGAAGAAUCCUACCGAGAGCUACGAGCAGCAUAACAUCAUGUCGGAGUUGGGUCAAAUAGGUGUGCUGGGGUGCACGAUCAAGGGUUACGGCGGUUCGGGGGUGUCUUCCGUUGCCUACGGACUCGUGGCCAGAGAAUUAGAGUCUGUCGACAGUGCAUACCGAUCUACUUUCUCGGUUCAAUCCUCCCUGGUAAUCGGCGCGAUUUAUAAACACGGGAGCGUCGAGCAGAAGGAAAAAUUCUUACCGCCACUUGUUUCCGGCAAAGUGACCGGUUGCUUCGGGUUGACCGAGUCGAACCACGGUAGCGAUCCAGGAUCCAUGGAGACUCGCGCUACCUACGACAAGAAGAGGCAGGUUUACCUGUUGAACGGGUGCAAAACAUGGAUCACGAACGCCGUUCCCGCGGACGUGCUGGUCAUUUGGGCGAAGUGCGAGGACAAAGCGAUCCGCGGAUUCAUAGUUGAGAGGGCAAACAACGAGGGCAAUCUGACAACAGAAAAUAUACAGGGUAAGCUCUCGCUGAAAGCUUCGCAGACGGGGGUGGUCACGAUGGACAACGUGGUGGUGCCGCCGGAGAACGUGCUGCCGAACGUUCAGGGCUUGAAAGGACCGUUCGCUUGUCUCAACGACGCUCGGUACGGAAUCGCGUGGGGCGCACUGGGCGCAGCGGAAACCUGCUUCAAGGUAGCCAGGGAGUACGCUCGGGACAGACUACAGUUUCACAGGCCUUUGGCGGCGAACCAAUUGAUACAGGUGAAGUUGGCCGACAUGAUGAUCGAAAUCGCGUUUGGCCUUCAAUGUUGCCUUAAGGUCGGGCGACUGAGAGAUCAGGGCAAAGCUACACCGGAAAUGAUCUCGAUGAUCAAGAGGAAUUCGGCUAUGAAAGCCUUACAGAUCGCAAGAACUGCUAGGGAAAUGCUCGGUGCCAACGGAAUUAUCGAGGACUACCAGGUGAUGCGUCACAUGAUGAAUUUGGAGACCGUGAUUACCUACGAAGGCACGCAUGACAUUCAUGCUUUGGUACUCGGCAGAGCCAUUACAGGCAUACAGGCCUUCAAUUAAGGGUCACCUGCGAUUGUAAUCUAUCAUCUGGGAAACAUCGAUUUAUUUUAUUUACAUUUGUACAUGCCUUUGAUACGUCUCUUGCGGGAACCGAAAGCAUUUCUUACCAGUCUCUCGUGUAACCGUUAAAAUCCUUGCGAAGAACGUUGUAAAACUAAAAGAGAAUGAACGUAAGAAUGCCGGAGAAUCUUUGUCGC